AUGCGUCCUACACAGUCAACAACAACAUCCACUCCAUUAAUCAACAAAGAAUCCAUCAAAAAUGAUAUUUUUGAAAUUCUUUCAAAUGAUAAUCAUGUGAAAGAGCAAAUUCAAGCAUUGCGAGGUAAUUAUGGACCAGAGGAUGUUGUUAAUAUACUGCAAGAUGCGGUUGUAAAACGGAUUGAACAACGUUUAUCUAUUGUUGAAAAAAAACGGAAGAAAUUGAGCAGCAGCUAG